AUGGAAAACUUCAUGCACUGCUCACAGCAUCCAAUAUCCAAGCCAUCCCGUCUCUGGGCUGCGUCAUCCUUCCAGUGGGGAGACGCCGGUGCUCUCCAGAUAGAUCAUGUCAAUGAUGGUGAUGAGUAUGACCUCCAUCUAGGUCUCGGCACACAAAAUGCAUCGCACCCGCUGAUGGUGUCCCACACACAAGGAGACAACUUGGAUCCAAAUAUUUUCUUUAUCCCAGAGCCGCAGGAGAUACAGAAGGAUUCCCUGAUCCGUUACACUUUGAACCCCGACCUCGUCAACACCUUGCAGGAUGGUUACGGCCCCCCAAAUCAUGGCAAAUUUUCAGCGGCGGAGACAUUAUCCCAGUUCGACCCUUCCUCGCAAAGCGUGCAUCAUGGGGACGAAUGCGCACCGCCCGAGCUUCUAGAGUCACCUAAAUUGCAGCCAUUUGGAGUCUUCAAGACGCUCCAAGGAUCGUCGACUACGAACUUAGCGCCACGUACGGCGCCGCCGCAAGAGCAGUGGGAGGCGAACAAAGCGAAUAUAUGGAAACACUACAUCCACGAAAAGCUGCCUCUCCCUACAGUGAUAAAGCUGAUGAAGGCUAACUACGGGUUUACAGCCAGUCCAGCAAUGUACAAGAGACGCUUCGUACAAUGGGGAUGGCCAAAGUACAAGCGUCGACAAGCAAAAGAGAAACAAGCGCCCACCUUUGCCAUCUCGAUACCUUCGAAUUCCGUCCGCUACGCGCAAUCCAAACAACUCAGUUUCUAUAACCAUAUGGGCCCGUUACGUCCUACCUUAAUUCCUGGCGACAGUAUUCCUGUCAAAUUGAUCAUGGAUGACCUCCUCACCAACGUGAGCAAAGUAUAUCAUUCGAAGUGGGAAAUUGAGCGAAGGUGGAAAGUUGAUGACCCUUUCCGAGUCCUAGAGGACGAGUACGAUCAUUUGUUCGUAAAGGUGGUCGGCUUUGCCAAGAAUCCCCCUGAAUGCCCUUCCGACAGCUGGGAUUUCGGAAUUGAAGAUAUCUUCAACGCGCUGGACCCUGUCAUGGAGGAGUGUGGUCUCUUCGCACUUCCGACUAUCUGGACAUGCGUCUUUCGCCUUCUCCAGGCCAAACAGCCACAGGCCGCCAUCAAAAUGUUGUUUAAAACUAUUGAAUUGGCAGGUGUACAUGGCUGGGAUGCCCCAUUUCAGAAUAUCCUACAAGACCUGCCAUCCUUGGUGAGAAUUGCCGAAUUAGACAUUACCCACCUUCAAAAUGGCCUGAGGGAGGCGUACCGUCGCUGUCUUGAUGAGACGGGAUCCUCCUUGGGCCAAAGCAAACUGACACUCCUGUCACUGCGCGGCUACUUCGUCAACUAUGUGGACAAGCAGUGCUCAGCCCAGCAAACAACAACCUUGGCCGCAACGAAAGACUUGGUAGAGGAAUCUAAAAUAAAAAACGGUGAGAAUUCUUCCACCACCCUCGACAUAAUGGGACAGUACCUAUUCAUUCUUCAGUCGCACCCUGUUUGGGUGCCGGAGUUUGAGAGAGUUGAGAGAGUUGCAGUGGAAAUUGAUCAACGGAUCAAGAAGCUUCGACUCGAAAGCCAGACUCCGCUUGAUGCGGAGCUGUCGAAUAUUUGGAAGGACGCAAGGCAUGUCCUUGCCGAGUAUUACUUUCGCAAGGGUGAUAUCUCCAAAGCUAUAUCCACAUUGGAGGAGUAUAUGACUCAAUGUGCUGAUGACGGCAAUGAUGGUUUUGAUCACAUUGCCAAGACGAAGCUCGAUGAUUGGCGAAAGAAGCAGAAGGCCAGGAUGGCCGAACAGAAUGAACACUACGCCUGCUGCGACCAAUUUUGUUCCUGUCCUUGGCGAGGAGGAAACUGGGGUUCCCAUAUUUGGGGGUGA